CGAUCGUCAUUGGUCUUCAAGUACUCUAUGAUAUCUGGCGGCUUAAAAUCCUCGUGAACGUGGCCCGUGUGUCCUGUGUCACGUAACUCAACUCGGGAACGAAUAAGGUUGAGCAGAGGCGAGGAGAGACAGAAAUUUGUCGCAUUCUUCAGAGAAAUAUACGCGAGUUACACGCAUGUGCACGCCGUGUAUUGUGUACUGUUCGAUUCGGUGCGAGAGCGAGAUCUUUCGCGACUUCACGUUUUCGAACGAGCGCGUAGAUCUGCAAGAAAAGACAUAGACCGAUUAGAUAUGAUAAUGUCACGCGAUAAAAAAUGUUAUUGACCCAUAAGGACAGUUUACAAGAUGUCAAGAGAACGUGCCUCCAGAAGAUUUUAUCGUGUGGACAGCACCAACGAUUUGUUCGAGUUCAUGGAUCGUGGCUACUCGGCUCAGCAUGAAAAUCGGUGGAACUUUGAAGUUGCCUGGGAAGCAGCCAAUAAAGUUGGUGGCAUCUAUACGGUAAUAAGAUCUAAAACUUAUGUCUCGACUGAAGAAAUGGGCGAUCAGUAUUGCCUUAUUGGCCCGUAUAAAGAACAUUCAGCACGUACCGAAGUUGAGGAGGCGGACUUUCCUCCUCACAACCCUUUACACCAAGCAGUACAAGUUUUGCGUGAUCAAGGUUAUAAGGUAAUAACAGGGACAUGGUUAGUGGAUGGAAAUCCUCAAAUAAUUCUAUUCGAUAUUGGAAGCGCUGCUUGGAAGCUCGAUGAAUAUAAGCAAGAAUUAUGGAGUACUUGCAAUCUUGGAAUACCUCAUCUUGAUAUUGAAGCUAAUGACGCCGUAAUACUCGGAUAUCUAGUCUGUCAAUUUAUUACAGAAUUUAGAAAAGCAGCCGAAGGAUACUCAAGCAUUCCGCCGCGAGUAGUUGUACAUUGUCAUGAAUGGCAAGCAGGCGUUGGUUUAAUUGCUUUGAGAACAAGACACGUGGAUGUGGCCACGGUAUUUACUACUCACGCUACACUUCUGGGUAGAUAUCUUUGCGCAGGAAAGACUGAUUUUUACAACAAUCUAGAUAAGUUCAGUGUUGAUGAAGAAGCAGGAAAGCGUCAGAUAUAUCACAGAUAUUGCAUGGAACGUGCAGCUUCACAUCUUGCACACGUAUUCACGACAGUUUCAGAUAUCACUGGCUUCGAAGCCGAACAUUUACUUAAACGCAAGCCUGAUAUUAUUACACCGAACGGAUUAAAUGUAAAGAAAUUUGCGGCACUGCAUGAAUUUCAGAAUUUACACGCUAUUAGUAAAGAGAAAAUACAUGAAUUUGUGCGAGGUCACUUUUAUGGACAUUAUGAUUUUGAUUUAGACAAAACAUUAUACUUUUUCACCGCUGGUCGGUAUGAAUUUGGAAACAAAGGAGCUGACAUAUUCAUAGAAGCUUUAGCCAGAUUAAACCAUUAUUUGAAAACGUCCAGGCCCGAUCUAACAGUAGUUGCUUUUCUCAUUUUUCCUGCGAAGACCAAUAACUUCAAUGUCGAGUCUCUUCGUGGUCACGCCGUAACAAAAUCUCUACGGGACACUAUUAAUGAUAUACAGCAAAAAAUAGGGAAACGAAUGUACGAAUUGUGUCUCUCCGGUCGUAUGCCUGAGGCUCAAGAUUUGUUGCAGAAAGACGAUACUAUUAAAAUAAAACGAUGUUUGUACGCUCUGCAAAGGAACGGAUUGCCGCCUAUUACAACACACAAUGUUAUCGACGAUUGGAACGAUCCAGUGUUAAACACCAUUAGAAGAUGUAAUCUCUUUAAUACCGUUCACGAUCGCGUUAAGAUGGUAUUUCAUCCAGAGUUUUUAUCUUCCACAAAUCCACUAUUCGGUCUUGAUUAUGAGGAAUUUGUCAGAGGAUGCCACUUGGGUGUUUUUCCUUCAUACUACGAACCAUGGGGCUAUACGCCAGCUGAGUGCACAGUCAUGGGAAUACCCAGCAUCACAACUAACUUGUCAGGAUUCGGCUGUUUUAUGCAGGAACAUAUAGCGGAUCCGAUGAGCUACGGUAUCUACAUUGUUGACAGGCGUUUCAUUGGUUUGGAAGCGAGUGUUCAACAGCUCGCGCAGUACAUGUUCGAUUUUGCACGACUCAGCCGCCGUCAACGUAUUAUUCAGAGAAAUCGUACAGAGCGUCUCAGCGACCUCCUCGACUGGCGUAAUCUUGGCAUUUAUUAUCGUCAAGCAAGAAUAAAAGCACUGACCACCGUCUACCCAGAACUGGCGUCAGAAUACGCAGAGGGUGGGGUUGGCCGAUUCAAUUAUCCCAGACCGAUCAGCGAACCACCUUCUCCGUCAUCUUCACGGCACACUACACCGGCCGCUUCUGUACACGGUUCAGAUGACGAAGAUGAAGUUGAUGAAGAGAAAGAGCUAGAGGAAUUGCGACAAUCGAAUGGAAGGUAAAUAAAGAAACCAAGAGUACUGAGAGCACAAGAAGCAAUCUUGCGGGAAAAAGUCUCAAGAUAAUUUCUAGAGUUUACAUGUAACAUAGCAGUGCCAAAAUACUAGUAAUACUUGCAAUUUCUGUGUGAAGUAUGUAUCUACAUAUUUUAAAAAAAUCUCAAACGAACUGAAUUUCUAACGCUUAUUUUUGAUAUUGUCACUGCCGUGCAAAACUCAAGAUAGAAUAGCAAUAAGUAAAGAUAUGCAGCAAUAAUUACAAUGGCUCACUUACCGUGAUCAUUAUGAGCGAUAUUAUUUAUUAUUUUUGUUUUGUUUGAGCUAUAUUUGCUAAUGCAAAGAAUGUUUGAUUAUAUUAAUUCUCCUAAUUAUACUCCAUUAAGGUACAAUUAAGCAGAUCCAAGUUUUUCAUUAUCAUGAUUAACAAACAUUUUAAUAUACCAAUGUUAAAAAUUGGAAUGCACAAAAGAGGAAAGUAUAAAAAUGUACAUACAUAUGUUCACAUAUCGUAUCACGUUAUGUAUGUAUGUGUUGCUUGCACAUACAGUAAUAGGCAUACAAUCAAUGGAUUUGAUAUACAUAUGUAAUUAUACAGAGGAUAUUAUUGUUAUAUAGAAAUAAUAAUAUUUUUAUUAGACUUAGCGUUUUCGAAGAAAAAUUAAAAUCUCGAGUUAUUUAAUUCUUGCAGCAUUAUUCAUGUAUCAUUUACGUGGCAAGAAGUAGCGGUCAAUGUACUGUGUUACAAAAAAAUUUGUAAAAUAAUAUGGUUAACAAAUUGCUUGCAAUAAAUAAGAGAAUUCAACGAUGA